AUGGGCGUAGUGGAAGACGCUGUUGAUACCGCCGCCGAUUUCAUUGGCCCACUCCUUGACAAAGAUGAUGGCCGAGACAGAGUUGACUCAAGAGACCCAAUACCUCAGGAUCAGAAUGGUCGGCUCGUGGAAAAUGCACUCUUCCAUCUGCAGGCUAUCAACACAGCAGAUCAAGCGAAAGACCUGAAUGCUCCGUAUGAUGGGUCUUUGGUCGGCGUAGUUUAUGGUCUCCUAGACAUGAUCGCUUCCCAGGGCAUCCUACCCUCCCUUUCCCCUGGAGUCGUCUUUGCCCAUCGGCCACAGUCAGUGCUGAAACACAACCUGCUACCAUCUCCACCUCAAGAUUUUCCGCUUCUUUGCAGUGUCGUUCAAACAUUGUAUUCUAUCUUCGAGCAGGGUGGCACGGGAGUCCAACCCCUUCUCACUCAGCGCGUCCUCCCUGAUCUCAUCUCUGCGCUCGCAGAACUUGCCUUCUCUCCCAAAUCAAGCCCACAUAGACACUCACUCUUUAGAGCAUCAUAUGAGGAUAUUCUCGAUACCACUCCAACAUCACGGCUACUCCCAAUUCUGACGUCUUACCUUCAACAAGAUAUACCUCUCUGGCUCCGAGAGAGGCUUUCUAAACAGCUGGCUAGGGUCCCACUUCGGACUCGUGGAAUCCGUCAUACUAUCGAGUUCAUGUCUUUAGCAUAUAUGUCAAAGACAUCCCCAUUGUCUCCUGACCAAUCCAGUUCACUCUCGCAGAUUCCGAUUCCUCUAGAAGCCAUAACACAGGCAUCCCGGUUAUUGGCGUCCGUACCCAACGGGAUGAGUGCUACUGAGUGGUUCACGGAACUUGCACCUCAACUUUGGUCUCUUCUAGAUGGUACAGAAGGGCCAGAGUUGAGUAGAGCAGCGGGCCAAAUAAUCGCGGGUGGUAUUCUCAACAAAAAGUCAUCUGGAGCUCCAGGGACAAUUGGAUGGACUCUGUUCGCAGAACCUCUCCUCCAGUGUAUUCGCCCGGAAAGCUCCAAUUAUAUUCCAAAAAAUAGCACCUCGGAAGUUGUUCUGGUGGACGAGCACGAAUUAAAGGUCGCAUUAAAGAGAAUGUUCACCAUUGUCUCGUCACAUUCUCAUCCUGGCCUAAUCAAGCGCCUUGUCGGUCCAAUUCUCCUGCCUCUGUGGGGAUUAGUAGCAUAUACAAGAUGCCGUCCUGCACUAGACGCACAAUGGGGCGAACUACCGCGCAACAUCAUGCUCCGCUAUAUGUCCAUAGCUGUUCACCCUAUGCAGAUCAACAUCAUCACAACCAACCUGUUCUGGGAUGGCGAACCUUCCUGGUCCUUUGGUCCGGGCUCACAAGGCGGUGUCGAGAUUCGUGAGCGGAAAAAGGACGACCGCGAUAUCUCAGAAAUGGCCGAUCUGCUCUCGCAAAUCGAAAAGUUGGACGAGCGAGUGGACCUGCUGACUACGCUAUUAACCGAUGCUAAAAUUGACGAUGAGAUCGCUAGCUCGAUUUUCUUGAACGUCACGAAGAGAUGGCUCACAGCUGGUCGAGGAGAGUCCCACGUUUCCUUAACAGAUAAUGGAGGCAGCGACCCAUUAGUCACAUUGGCCGAUGCGAAGCUCUCGGAAACGAUGGCAAGAAGGUUUAAGAACCAACUUGCUCGAAGCCCACGGCAUGUCAUUGAGCUAAUGGGACAAUUAUUACAGGAUUUCGCUGAAAUACAUCAAUCCAAGUCAAGACCCAUAAUCGAACCCAAUAAGCCUAGCCGAGCCAGUCUGAGGGAUAUUGUUCGUCCCCAGUUUCGAGGGACACAAAUGCCAGAUUCCAUCUUGGAUACAGAAUCCGAGGAGUUGGUAUCCUUUGCUCUUAGUAUUUUAAAUACCUUGAUCACUUCUUCGGACUUCAAACGAGUCUCCAAUACAAUGACUCUGUUCUCGCCAAUACUCCCGUCUCUUCAGUAUCUUUCACAGCUACAACAACACCCCCCUGUAUCACCUCUCAUAAUCAAUGCAGCCACCAACCUCCUACAAAUUCUCCAACCAACAUCCAGUCCCCCAGAAGAGUCGCAACCUAGAAAUAGGGUGAUACUCCAGCAAGCCCUAACGGACCUUACAUCCCCUGACCCACCCAACCGAACCUGGGCCCUCUCCAUGCUCCGCAAAAUUGUCCAAGAUCCAAACACCUUCUCGCUCGUUGACAUCCCUUCACUCACCCACAUGAUCCUCUCAAGCUCAAUCGCAGAUAGCGAGUCCUAUGUGCACACAGCCGCCAUCCCCGUCCUCGUUGAUGUCGUCACACGUGCUCCAAAUCCCACUCUUCGAAUCCUUGUAGACGCAUUCAUAGACUUAGAUGAGCAGUCUCUUCAGCUCAAGAAAGAAAGAGAACUCCAUGAACCGCUCGACUCCCGCCUGCGUGUGGGGGAAGUCCUCAACAAUUUCAUUCUGGAAGAUGGGUACUGGACAAGAGGCAGCAACGCAUCAUCAAGGUUCAGCAACCUCAAAUUGCUUACUGAAGCCACACUCUCCCUCGCAAGUCGCCGCGGCCAGCGAUCUAAGACCCAUUCCAGACGCAACGAGCUCCUCGAAUUAAAAAGGAAGGAACAAGAAGAAGGUGAACGCGCAUGGGGUGGCCCAAUUCCGAAUAUAAUCGAUGCUAGGGGUGAUGAUAGCCCUAAGCAAUACGAGGAGGAUCGUUUACUAAAAGUUGUGCAAGGGUGGGAAGACACAGGAGAUGAAGAGGAUGUCAGGAUUCGCGCUUCAGCAUUGAGUAUAUUUAGCUCUAUUAUGGAGAAGAGAUUAGAGCUUCUGAGUCAGAAAACGGUAGAUGUAGCGCUACAGAUGAAUCUUACGAUUCUCAUGCUGGAAACUGGGGCUGAGAAAGGGAUUUUGAGGAGAGCCGCAGUGCUCGUUUUUAUGGGCCUUUUGAGGGGUAUAGAUGCAUCGAUCAAAACCGGGACAGAGAGCGUGGUGGGUUUGGGCAUAAAACAGUCCGAAGAGGUGGAGCGGGUGAUCAAGUGGGUUGCUACUGGGGACCCUGAUGACCUAGUUAGGUCUCAUGCGGAGAGUGUGCUUGACGGGUUGGAGACUUGGAGAAUGAAGAGAUUGUUUAAAAUCAGGGGUGAGGGGGUCCCAUUAGGGCAUAACUUUGGGCUAGAGGAGAGUUUAAGGGGAUUGGGGUUGACCGCGCUGGGGGGCGAGAACAAGACCCGAGGAAGGGGACCAGCUGUGGAAGAAGUCGAGUAG